UCCUCACAGAUCGAGGCUGGAAGCCAGCGGGCGCUCUGGUUUCUUGUGAGCUCUGAGACGAGUAGAGGUUUGAGCGUCUGGUGGCGUUCAAGCUGUCGUCGCUAGACUUCUGCCUUGGUCGCCUCUAAUCUCGGCCCUGGAGAUGGCGACGUACACCUGCAUUACCUGCCGGGUGGCGUUCGACGACGCGGAGGUGCAACGGGCCCACUACAAGACGGACUGGCACCGCUACAACCUGAAGCGCAAAGUGGCCGACAUGGCCCCGGUCACCGCCGAGGGUUUCCAGGAGCGGGUGCGGGCGCAGCGGGCAGUGGCGGAGCAGGAGAGCAAGGGCACGGCCACCUACUGCACCGUCUGCAGUAAGAAGUUUGCGUCUUUCAACGCCUACGAGAACCACCUCAAGUCCCGGCGGCACGUGGAGCUGGAGAAGAAGGCCGUGCGGGCCGUGAACCGGAAAGUGGAGAUGAUGAACGAAAAGAACCUGGAGAAAGGCCUGGGCGUGGACAGCGUGGACAAGGAUGCCAUGAACGCGGCCAUCCAGCAGGCCAUCAAGGCUCAGCCGUCCAUGUCUCCCAAGAAGGCCCCCGCAGCGCCGGAGGAGGAGCCCAGGAGUCCCGUGGAGGUGGCUGAUGGAGGACGUGCGCCUCACGACCGGGACCCGGCCGAGAAACCUCCCCGGCUCCAGUGGUUUGAACAGCAGGCCAAGAAGUUGGCAAAGCAGCAGGAGGAGGAGAGUGAGGAGGAGGAGGACCUCGACGAAGAAGAUUGGGAAGAUAUCGAUUCUGAUGAGGAGUCGGAAUGUGAGGAUGCUGAACCAAUGGACGGGGCGGAGGAGCCGGAUGCGGAGGAGGGGGAGGCUGGGGGAGGCCCCCUCAGCGGUGCUAUCCCCAUAACGGACUGCUUAUUUUGCCCCCAUCAUUCAAGCUCCCUCAUGAAGAAUGUGGCUCAUAUGACCAAAGUCCACAGCUUCUUUAUUCCCGACAUAGAAUAUCUUUCUGAUCUUAAGGGACUGAUUAAAUACUUGGGAGAGAAAGUUGGCAUUGGGAAGAUUUGCUUGUGGUGCAAUGAGAAAGGGAAAUCCUUCUACUCCACGGAAGCUGUACAGGCACACAUGAAUGACAAAAGCCACUGUAAGCUCUUCACGGACGGUGAUGCUGCUUUGGAAUUUGCAGACUUCUAUGAUUUUAGGAGUAGCUACCCAGAUUACACGGAAGGGGGGCAGCCUGAUGGGACUGAGGACUUACCCUCCGAAAAGACAUUAGAAUAUGAUGAUGAAACCAUGGAGCUGAUUCUGCCUUCUGGUGCCAGAGUGGGUCAUCGCUCCUUGAUGAGAUACUACAAACAGCGAUUCGGCUUGUCAAGAACCGUGGCUGUUGCUAAGAAUCAGAAGGCCGUGGGCCGGAUACUGCAGCAGUACAGAGCCCUGGGGUGGACCGGCAGCACAGCCACAGAAGCUGCUCUGAUGCGUGAGCGAGACAUGCAGUAUGUCCAAAGGAUGAAGUCAAAGUGGAUGCUGAAGACAGGAAUGAAGAACAAUGCCACCAAGCAGAUGCACUUCAGGCCCCAAGUGAGGUUCUGAGUGUCUGCCCAAGGACUGGGUGGUCUGUCCCUUGCACAGGUGUCCUUGCCCGAGGGCCAGGGGAACCGGAUUGUGUGACAGCCCCUGUUUGCUGCUACUUCUCCCUGUACUUGAUCCGUUCUGACCUGGUAAUAAAAGUCAGAAUCUCA